UUCAUCUUUGAACCCUUUAGUUUAUUGUUGGCGUUAUCAAGAAAUUCGCAAUAUUGUAAGAAGUAGUUUGAAAAAAGUAAUUCACGUGAUAACCUGAGAUCAGGCUGUGUUUUCGUUUCACUUUGAAAAUUACAUUCCGGCGGGCGAGGCGAAACGAAAAGAGAGCCUGAUACAAACCUUCUACGAAACGUCUGCCGCCCACUUUUUUGAUUCAUUGACAUUUGCCGAAUCAGCCAACCAAAAUUACUUCCGUUGCUUGUUUUUCUAGUAUGCAAAUUUUUCACGCGUGGGAAAAAUGCAGACUGGCUGACUUAAAAAGUAGCUUUUAUCCGUUAAUUUUUUCAGCUAAAAAUAAAACAGUCAGCACAAUCACAUUUAACUUCUUGCGAGAUUAAGGGAGAUCUCGAAGAUUAUUUCUGUUGGCGUAGAAGGUAAAAAGUCUUCGAAAAGACGGCGACACGAUGUUCUACUAGUUUUAUUAUUUUGGCUAGGCGCGCUCGAAUUUAAAAUACUGAAAUUUCUAUUUUUCUGUUGCCUUUAUAUUUUCCUCGGUAAUUUUCCCCGAUUUUCAGUACAUAUAUCUUUAAAAACAAAAGCAAACAGCCAACGAGCGAGGAACAAAAAUUCCUUGAACAGUGAUGCGAUAUUUUUCGUCUAAUACUUCACAGUUGGCGAUUGAGGUUUCUUUCGCAGUUAGCCUCCGCUUGCGCACCCCGUUCAGAGAAGUCAUUCCCGGCUAAACUUUCAGAUGAAACCAGUUUUAAGAUGGACAGUAUUUUGAUUUGAACUCGUUUGUUGGUAAAUCAAAAGGCACCUUGUUAGCGGUCAACAACUUGCAGACGGAUUCAACUGCGCGAUACACUCACAUUAAUUCCGUAAAUAAAGCAAAUCCUGAGAAGAUAUGAACAACCAUAUGAAUUUUCUGAAUUUCCAUGGCACAUAUUAAGGCAUAUUUUCCUACCAUAAGACCAUAAAACAAUAAAAAAAGACAGCAAAAUCGAUCCUUCUCUCCGCCGACGACGGAUCAUUCUCGAAAACAACCACGCGAGGAAUAAGCGCUUUCAACUUCCGGCGUUUCCGACAGCCAAUCAGAUCUUGUGGCAUUGUUCCAACAGCCAAUCAGCGUUACGGCGAAAAUCUGGCCGUAACGAGCACAAACGUGAGAGAGUUUGUAUCAGGCCCAAUUUUAGCUGUAGCCGUUAGAGAGAAUGUAUAAGAACCGCAAAAAUUGGGCCUGAUCUCAGGUUAUUCACGUGAAGGAAGAUAGGGCAUAGACGACCAGUCGUUUCGCCGUUGCAUUAUUGCCCCAUGUAAGGGAAUCCCGAGUCCGGAAUCCGGGAAAACGUUUGCUUGUGGAAUCCGGAAUUCAGCAAUGUUUUGCUGUGAAAUCUGGAAUCCUGGGCUGUGGCAUCCAGAAUACAGGACAAGGAAUCCGGAAUCCCACUAACCAUUGCGAUCGAGAAUCUGGAAUCUGGAUUCUGGAUUCUGGAAUCUGGAAUCUGAAAUCUGAAAUCUGAAAUCUGAAAUCUGAAAUCUGACAUCUGAAAUCUGAAAUCUGACAUCUGAAAUCUGAAAUCUGAAAUCUGAAAUCUGAAAUCUGAAAUCUGAAAUCUGAAAUCUGGAAUCUGAAGUCUGAAAUCUGGAAUCUGAAAUCUGGAAUCUGGAAUCUGGAGUUUAGAAUCUGGAAUCCGGGAUCCUCCACGUGGAAUCUAGAAUCUAAAACUGUCUUGGAUUCCCUUACAUCGAGCCUUAAAAUAGUACCGCGACAGAAAACCGAAUAUUUCUUUAGGUGAAGUACGAUUUAGGAGCUUUGUAAGAGAUGACAAGAAAAGGCUCUAACAGCUUUGUAUAGUUCGUAUAAUAUAUAGAUUUAGCCAGGGCUAAAAGCGAAGCUCCCAUUAAUAAAUUUAUGAUUUAAAUCAAACAAUAAACUUGUAAUCCACAAAUCAGUUAACUUAAGGGCACAUUCAUGUGACUUUUGAGGGAAAGGCUAAGUUAUUUUAGAGUGAAACAUCGUACAUCGAGUUGAUAGCCUUACACGUUCACCGAAAAAAUAGCAAACAUCUUCGAUCGCAUUCAAGAGCCAUAAUGGCUCUUGAUCAGAGAGGAUUAGGCCUCGAAAACAAAUUCUUGGAAAACAAAUCAGGCCAAAUUUUUUUGCGUUCGACAGGUUUACUUUAGAAAUUCUUGCCAACAAAUCUGGGGGUGUGUAAACCAACCUUUUACACUUUGUAUACAUCACAUCUGAGGUGAAACAGUACUAUUUAUCAUACAGACCUCGGACAGAAUGCGCUAUUUCACAAGUUUUCAAGACAAAGUGCAUGCACUGAGUCAAUAUUCAGGACGAUCAAUCGUGCGCUUUUAGCGAAACCGUUUAAAAAAUUGCUUUUAGCGAAAUCGUUCAAAAAAUUUCCAAAAUCACCCAUAAGGCCAGCCGGUUCUCAUUUCUAGUGCGAGCUGUCAGUGUGGUAGAAUGUUUGAAUGAACUUUAAUAGGGUUACGCUUCAACGUAAUAACGAAUUUAUUUAUUUAUUUUUUUUGUUAUUUAAUGGUUUCAGUUAUAACGAUGUGUAAUCUUACAAAACGUUUAAUACGCGCGACAUUUUUGAGUACUCCUGCUUGCGAUGUUCAUGAACGAUGAAAACAAACGGCACGUAUAAGCGAUCAAAAUUGCAAGGGAGACUACUAACAAUCAAUGAAAGAAAUAUAAUUCGGUGAAACAUUUACAGAGACGACAAUUUUCAUUCACGAAGACAGGUAUUAAAGUGUCUCUAAAAAUCCUGAGUCUUUAAGCUUAAAGCUUAAGCUUAAGUUAAUUAUGUUUUACUUUAAGCCGCCUCCCGGUGUUUGCUUUUUUCAAAGAUGAACUCCUCGAUGCAAGAAAAUCCCUCAAAGUUUUCUUUCUACGGCCAAAUUUAUAAUUAAAUAUUCUUCGAAACGUUUUCUUUCUAUUUGCUCUGAGAAAAUAUAUCUGAAGGCCUUUUAAAGUUGUGCAAGCUUAUAUCAAACCUGAUACUGGGUCAGAUCAUUGACUCAAAUCUUACAAACGUGCAUAAACUUGCCGCAUAAACUGUGCUGGACUUCGUGAAAUUAAAUAUAACAAAAACAAACAUCAACAAUAAUUACUCAGGCUUACCAUUCGAGAUUCAGUUCCUGAAAGCUAUCAAGGAAGGCCACAGUUGCUUGAGACUUUUAAACCCUCUUACGCAUUAACUAAGAAGAAAAACGAAAACGAUGCCAUCCGAGAUCGGAUUACCGAAUUUUGACAAGCGACGCAUUUCUCAAACAAAAACCCAAUAAACAAACGAGCCAUGAAUAGCAGAAGACUCUUGAUAGCAGCCGUAUUUCAUUUUGUACAUCCAGUGGAAAAAGACAGUUCAAAACAUCGCAAGUUGACACAAACCCUGUCAGCUUCAGUUGUCAAAGUAAACAAGUUUCAAGAUGCUACAUAAAUUUUCCGCAUGAACCCAUCUGUCAAAUUUUGACCAAUCAGAACAUAAAAAUUGGACGUAGAGAGUGACCAACGCGUGACAAUGGUAAGAAUAGGUCUUCCCCGCCUGUAUUAUUAAAAAACUGGCUGAAUUUUCGCGCCCGAGUUCAGUUUGAAAUCAAAAUCUUAAUAGUGCGGGGCUAUAGUGACAUAAACACAACAUAUUUCAUAUGAAUCAUUGGAAAAAAUAAACUUGAGCUUGCAAUCAUUUGAAACUGGUAAUUUGUCAGCGGAUAACUUCAAAAAAUACUCCACCUAGAUGGAUCGAUACUUGAGCCCGCAGUACGGUCAGGUGAUACUGGUCAGCGGAUACCCUGUUUUGACAGCUGUCAAUUGAUCACAACAUUGAUGUGCAAUUAGUUUUCUCUCUUAACUUUUCAUUUAGCAAUCUUUAUGUACAAAUAUCAUAAUCAAUUAUUGCCAUCGGUCUUUAAUUCUUUUUUCACUAAAAUUUCGCAAAUUCAUACCUAUAAUACAAGGCUUGGUGCAAAACAGUCUUAUUAUCUUCCAAAAGCAAGAACAAAUUAUGGUAUAUUCAAUAUCAGAUUUCAAGGUCCAUCAGUGUGGAAUUCCAUUGAUGAAGAUAUCAAAUUUUCUUCAUUGUCUUUGUUUAAAAAGAAAAUGAAACAGCACUUUAUCAAAGAUUACUAGACAUCUGUACGUUGUCUGGGUAACUUUAAAAUGGAAAUAAUACUGUUUUGCAAUUUAUGAAUUUUAGUCUCUUUAUAUACUGGUAGUUUACUUAACUAUUUGUGUGUGUUUCUCUGUUUUCUUUGUUCUUGUGUCCCUGACCUAAACAUUUAAACAUCUUUUCUUUUAACUGGCUGCCUGGCAUUUUUAACUCUUAGGUUAUUUCGGGCAGCCAGCGCCCCUAUCAUUGUCUGUACUAUUGUUAUAAAUUUUUAUUUCUUGUAUAUUUGGGGUGAAAUAAAGUGUUGUUGUUGUUGUUGUUGGGCUCCCAAACCGGCUAGAGAGUGUGAGAGUAAACACUGGUUUCCCUGUGGUGCGGACGGACAGUCGUUCGUUCGUUCGGUGUACGGUCACGUGAUUACUAUAUUUUCUGGAAUGGGUAGAUUUCCUUAGCUAUGGGGCUCCGCCCACGCGCGGUGCUUCGCACCGCGCAUGGAGCUCCGCUAAUAUACAACGUCUUGGCGUCCGAAGCUAAUCUACGUAGGCCAUGGUUAGGAAAAUAAAGGGAAACGAAUGCUGCCGACAAAAUUAAGUGAAUAAAUAUCUAUGAGAGAAUAAGAGUUAAAACAAAGUAAAACAAACUGCGAACUGUAAAGAAGAAUUGCUUUAUCUUGCUGUUUCAUUACAGACAAUAACAUAGCAGAAAAAGUGGAUAAAUGUCUGGAUAAAAAUAGAUGAAGAUAAACUCAGCUAUGAGGAGUAUAAUUUUUACUCUCGUCGUGAGUACCAAUCUUCAUAGGAGUUCGGCGUUAGCUUGUAAGAUACGGAAUGAAGGAACUUAUCUUUUCGAAGUGUCCUGAGAUUUGUUGGUACUUCAUUCCAUAGAAUUGCACCAAUUCUUUAAGACCAUUUCUUUUAAAGUUUAUGUCUUGGAUUUUGGAGGCCGAGGAUCGAGUAUUUUAGCAUUUUUUUUUUUCGCGGUAGGGAAAAGUACCUUCUUAGACUGGAAAAGGACAUUACUUUUAUCCCACAUUGUCUGAGCUAGCAGUUUAUUGUCCAAAGAGUCAAAAGGUAUAAUCUGAAAAUGCUAAAAAAAUAAUGGGAUUUCGUAAUCACGUCUUUUACCAUAAUUCAUAAAACGAGAAUCAAAAGCUAAAUAAAAGUGGUUUUUUCGCUUGUCUUCAUGCAAUUAGCUCAUAGCGCAAAUAGGAAGUGGUAAGUGAGUUUCCAGUGUUUAUUAGUGUCUAGUGCGGAGCAAAAUGGCUUAAGUUUGAUAAAGACGCUAACGUUUAACUGAAUUUUAACGGUAGGUGCACGAUGUGAUUUUUACAUGAAGCUAAUGUUUCAUAAAGCCACCCAGAUAUGCAACUUAUUCUUUACCUUUUUUUACUUUACUUCAAUAUAUAUAUUUUUUUCUAAUGAGAAUAGAGUAUUUUAGUAUCGCCAGCAAACAGAUAACAAUUUAACUUAUCAAGAGCCAUAAUUUAUGGCUCUUGAACUUAUUUCAAAUAGAACACAUGUCAUUGACAUAGAGAAAAAGUAACGGUGCCAAUAUAAAACCGUCAGAAGCCUCACAGAUAGCAGUUGUUCUUCCAGAAGGCAUUUACUAAACUACUGUCACUUGUGUUCUCCCCCUUAAACGGAAUUUAAGCCAUUUUUGUUGUUAUGUCCCGAAAGCAUUAAAUACCAACAAAGAAAGGCCUCUAUGUGCAUAUUUCAUUGGAUUGCCUUAAUUAUUUCAAGGAUCGUGUGUUCCUUUAAAUGAGCUUGCCAAAAGCCAUAUUGAUGUGCACUUGAGGUACGCUGCCAAGGUUAAUAGACUUAUUGAAGGUAUUUGCGGCGACAUCUCGUAUAAAAUUGCUUGGUUGGAGUAUCAGGGGCACCCAACGAGAAUAUAGUUUAAAACCACUUAAACAUAGCAUUGUUAAACGUAUUUUAGUAUUUAAACGGUAGAUAUAGGCAUAUUUUCAUCCCCUAAAAAUUUUUCAUCUGUUCGGAUUUCCUAGCUGAAAGUCUAGUGAUCCGAAAAUUAUAGGGAUCAAAACUUACCUUUUCGAAAAUUUCAGCCAGAAAAAAGGCUCCCGAAAAUUCUAGGUGACCUUUUAGGGUAAAAAUCCGUUAAAAAUAGGCAAUUACACCAUUUUUUAGAUGUUAGAAAAUCCUAGGAGAGGCAGGCAAGCAAGAACUUUACAACAAAUGUUCCGAAAAUUCUAGAUCUCAAAUCGUCUUCCGAACAGAUAUUCUUCGGAAAAUUGUCGUUGGGUGCCCCGGGAGUAUUAAGAAGCCGUGUGAUUUAUCAUUGAAGGUAAAAAAAUGAUGUCGUGGGUGAUUGGUUUUUGUCACGACAUUCAGCAGGGAAGUUCCGAUUUCUACGUUUUGGCAGCUGUAGUGCCAAAUUAAGUCAUAUACUAGAAAAUUCUGAUUCAUAGAUAUUUGCAAUGUGUGAAAUACUACUAUUGCUGUUCAGCUGUUUUAAAGUAGUUUAAAAUAAAUCAACAUCAAAUAAAUCAAAAGACUUUGUGCUCCACCAUUGAAAGCUUGACUUUCUUCGCGAAGACAACCCGUUAAGGUGCUCUCCAAAUCACCAAGGUUAGUCGCCUGUUUCCAAAGGAUAGAGCAGGUUGGAUCCUAGAAUCCAAUAAUAAUAAUGCGCAAAGAGGGAUACGCACGAAAUGUUGAAUAAGUAUAGCAGCGGUGCUGCAUAAAAGUUUUAACCUUGAAUGUGAAUGAAUAUAUUCGUGAAGAAGAAUUUAAUAUAGCAACACUGUUGAAUAAAAAUUUUGACCUUGAAUGUGAAUAAAUAUAAUGUUGUUGUGUUUUAAGGUAAAAGUACAAUUAUAGCAUGCCCGCGGGUAGCUAAGCUAAUCUAGGGCGGUCACGUUUACAGGAAAUAAAUACAACUAAAUGCAACUAAAAGUAACAAGAGAACUAAAGAAACUAAAAUUGACAACAAUGACUAGAAACUACUUAUAAACUAGCGGUAUUACUAAUCAUAAAUGACAACGCUUUCACAUUGUCUCCCAUCGGUCAACGAAGAAAAAAAAAAUGAUCUAAACUAUCCUAGCAACAAAUACACAUGCGAGAACGCGGAGCGCUCGCUGAAGCAAAUGUGAAUGAAUAUAUUCGUAACUGAGAAAUGUUUCCUUGAAUGUGAAUUCGUGUACAUGUUGAAUGACAACGUAGUUGUUGAACGUAAAUGAAUAUAUUCGUGAACAAGAAUGAAAUCAUUAAAUGUGAAUGAAUAUGGAAUUUGUGAAUUUUGCACAAUUUCGCUAACCGUCCUAAUAUAAUUUUCCUUUUAUUAUUUCGGCUGUCUGCUUCAACGUUUAGUUAUUCCGACAAUUUGCACCCCUGCUCUAAACAGCUGUAUUAGGAUUGCGUUUUAAAGUCAGCAAAAGCGAAGUAUUUUAAAAUGUUAAUCUUCCUCUUCGCCUUUUAUUCUUGUAAUGUCAAUUUCAAACAUCAUUCUUCAAGUAAUUAAUUGAAACUGUUUCCCGGCAACGACACAAAAUAAUUCUUUCAUUCGUCCAAUUAAAGCUGCUCAAUUAAUAUGUUAAUAUUUAUUUUAGUCAAGAUUUUCUUUAGAAAAGGCCACCUGCAUUAUCAGGGAAGCCAAUCAAAUCUGGCCCAACCGUACUUUAAACCUCUUAGUAGAAUUUCGCUAUGGCUUCCAAGUUUUCCACUCGAACGUUAAAAAUUCUAUCAGAUCUUGUCCAGUUUCACUCAGCUUUUAUGCUUGCUUGUUGCUGUAUUUUUAACCUGGUAUUUUCUGUCGUGGCUGUUCUUGGAAAUCUUUUAGUUAUUCACGCCUUAUGGAAAUCCUCAUCCAUACCGGCCACAGUGAAGAAGUUGUUCUUGAGUCUCGCUCUCUCGGAUUUUGCGGUUGGAAUGUUGCCGCAACUGAUGUGGGGCAUUAUUAUCGCAGUGAUGUUAUCGAAGACAUCGAAUGGUGACAGUAACUUUGCCUCGUUUUGUCCAGUUAUUGUAACUGCCUGCUAUUUCUUCACUUUUUCCCUCUGUUCCGCAUCUAUUUUUACCAUUGCAGUUAUUGCCGUUGACAGACUUCUCGCUAUUUCGUUGCAUCUGCGAUAUCACGAACUGGUUACAUCAAAACGUAUCAAUAUGGUGUUGAUUAUGCUUUGGUUAACAAGUGGUGUCACAGCCUCGAUAUCCAUUUUAUUCCCGGUAGCCAACAAGAUCAUCGCAACUUUUCAAGUCAUUUUACUUCUAUUAACAACCGUGGCGUAUAUUCGUAUUUAUAAAGUUGUGAGAUAUCAUCGCAUUCAAAUACAGAGUCAACUUCAGCUGCAAAACUUUGAAGUAGAAGAUUUACGUCGUCAAAAGAAAUCCGCUUGGAAUGCUUUGAUCGUUUAUGUAACAUUUCUGUUUUGUUAUCUUCCAUUUUUUGUCUCUGUAUUAAUCGUGCUCAUUUAUGGCGAAAAGAUGUCGCCAUUGAUAGCUAAUUAUGCCACGUUGCCUGUUAUUUUCUUGAAUUCAUCUUUGAACCCUUUAGUUUACUGUUGGCGUUAUCGAGAAAUUCGCAAUAUUGUAAGAAGUAGUUUGAAAAAAGUAAUUCACGUGAUAACCUGAGAUCAGCCUCUAUUUUCGUUUCGCUUUGAAAAUUACAUUCCGGCGGGCGAGGCGAAACGAAAAGAGAGCCUGAUACAAACCUUCUACGAAACGUCUGCCGCCCACUUUUUUGAUUGAUUGACAUUUGCCGAAUCAGCCAACCAAAAUUACUUCCGUUGCUUGUUUUUCUAGAAUGCAAAUUUUUCACGCGUGGGAAAAAUGCAGACUGGCUGACUUAAAAAGUAGCUUUUAUCCGUUAAUUUUUUCAGCUAAAAAUAAAACAGUCAGCACAAUCACAUUUAACUUCUUGCGUAGCCUGUGAACAGGCUCUCUGUUUGGGGAAAAAUAGCGAGGAAAGGGAAGGGAAAGGGGGGGAGAGAGCCUGUAGACAAACAUUUGAGGCCGCUAUUCCGCCCUCUUGUAAUUAUCCUGCCGAUCAUCUGUCAGUAAGAUCGUUAUCGGUCAAUCAAUUUCGCGCGUGAGUAACUCCUGGGAAAGUUAACAGGAAAUGUGGUGUUUUGCGCCGUCUGAAAACAGAGUGAAAUAGGGCAUGAACCUCAUUGUUGAUUUUGCAAAAAGUCGUUGAUCUCCGGUAAGAGGAUUUAAAACAAGCCGUUCGUCUUGCUAGUUCGGUUUGGUAUUUUAACAAGCCGCUGCAAUGAGCGAACUUGGAAUGCGGAAGGUACAGAUACUAUCAUGACUUCUCCAGAACAUGAAGCUUCGAAGACAAGUACAAAGAGAUCAGCAGCGCUUCGAUCGCCGACAGGAAUUACAUGGAAGGCCGACACGACUUUUACUUUAUGCCAAAAUGCUGCUUGUUCCCAUAAGUUUUUUCCUUUGCGGGGUAGAUUAUUCCCUGGAAGGUUCUACAUUUUCACUGAGCAAAUGUGAUUUUAGCCUCUUGUUUCACACUGAGAGGUCAUGGCACACAUAUCGAUUUACUGUGGUUUUUGUUUCUGGUCGACAGGAUUUGCCCUCUGAUGCAAGAGCAUUUUCUUUUUUUGCGGCUGAAUAAGGGUCUUACUUUUCUCCAAAGUGCCUUCUCGAUCUGAAUGACUAAGCGAUUUUCUUUAGUCCUUGAAUGUAAUGAUUUUCUGCAAUGAUGUAUUCUGACGCUGGGCCCAGCUCGUCAGUGUUUAAAAAUUAUCACGGAUGGUUAUUUACAGAUCCAAAAUUAUAAGACUGAAAUGCAGCUUAAACCGAAGCCACAUCAGCUAUGGAGAAUUGCAUUGUGCUUCGGUAACUACAAACUCCAGCUUAGUGUUUUUGUAAAGACAGUUUGAGUCUUUUGACCGCAGCGCGUAGUUCCUGCCCGUGGUAAUAGUCUUUGGACUGUUUUGUUAUUGCCACUCUGUGAUCAAAUCGCGUGCUACGUGCCAACCGAAAAGCCGAUGUCAAUCAGACCUGUCAACAGUCAGUGUUCUCGCCAAUAGGAGCUUGCAUCAGGAUCUGAUGCACAGCGGGUGCCGUGGAACGGCGGCCCCAAAGGUCUGUCCACGGGCCUUUUCGCUUUUCCCUCUCCCCACCCCGCUCGACCUGCCGCUCGACUAAAGGCCUGUUCACAGGCUACUUCUUGCGAGAUUAAGGGAGAUCUCGAAGAUUAUUUCUGUUGGCGUAGAAGGUACAAAGUCUUCGAAAAGACGGCGACACGAUGUUCUACUAGUUUUAUUAUUUUGGCUAGGCGCGCUCGAAUUUAAAAUACUGAAAUUUCUAUUUUUCUGUUGCUUUUAUAUUUUCCUCGGUAAUUUUCCCCGAUUUUCAGUACAUAAAUCUUUAAAAACAAAAGCAAACAGCCAACGUGCGAGGAACAAAAAUUCCUUGAACAGCGAUGCGAUAUUUUUCGUCAAAUACUUCACAGUUGGCGAUUGAGGUUUCUUUCGCAGUUAGCCUCCGCUUGCGUACCCUGUUCAGAGAAGUCAUUCCCGGCUAAACUUUCAGAUGAAACCAAUUUUAAGAUGGACAGUAUUUUGAUUUGAACUCGUUUUUUGGUAAAUCAAAAGGCACCUUGUUAGCGGUCAACAACUUGCAGAGGGACUCAACUGCGCGAUACACUCACACUAAUUCCGUAAAUAAAGCAAAUCCUGAGAAGAUAUGAACAACCAUAUGAAUUUUCUGAAUUUCCAUGGCACAUAUUAAGGCAUACUUUCCUACCAUAAGACCAUAAAACAAUAAAAAAGACAACAAAAUCGAUCCUUCUCUCCGCCGAUGACGGAUCAUUCACGAAAACAACCACGCGAGGAAUAAGCGCUUUCAACUUCCUUUGUUUCCGACAGCCAAUCAGAUCUUGUGGCAUUGUUCUAACAGCCAAUCAGCGUUACGGCCAAAAUCUGGCCGUAACGAGCACAAAUGUGAGAGAGUUUGUAUCAGGCCCAAUUUUAGCUGUAGCCGUUAAAGAGAAUGUAUAAGAACCGCAAAAACUGGGCCUGAUCUCAGGUUAUUCACGUGAAGGAAGAUAGGGCAUAGACGACCAGUCGUUUCGCCAUUGCAUUAUUGCCCCAUGUAAGGGAAUCCCGAGUCCGGAAUCCGGGAAAACGUUUGCUAGUGAAAUCCGGAAUUCAGCAAUGUUUUGCUGUGAAAUCUGGAAUCCUGGGCUGUGGCAUCCAGAAUACAGGACAAGGGAUCGGGAAUACCACUAACCAUUGCAAUCGAGAAUCCACGUUUCACUGAGAAAGAAUCUGAAAUCUGAAAUCUGAAAUCUGGCAUCUGGAAUCUGGAAUCUGGAAUCUGGAAUCUGGAUUCUGGAUUCUGGAUUCUGGAAUCUGCAAUUCUGGAAUCGGGAAUCUGGAAUCUGGAAUCUGAAAUCUGAAAUCUGAAAUCUGAAAUCUGAAAUCUGAAAUCUGAAACCUGGAAUCUGAAGUCUGAAAUCUGGAAUCUGAAGUCUGAAAUCUGGAAUCUGGAAUCUGGAGUUUAGAAUCUAGAAUCUAAAACUGUCUUGGAUUCCCUUACAUUGGACGAGCCUUAAAAUAGUACCGCUACAGAAAACCGAAUAUUUCUUUGGGUGAAGUACGAUUUAGGAGCUUAGUAAGAGAUGACAAGAAAAGUCUUUAACAGCUUUGUAUAGUUCGUAUAAUGUAUAGAUUUAGCCACGGCUAAAAGCGAAGCUCCCAUUAAUAAAUUUAUAAUUUAAAUCAAACAAUAAACUUGUAAUCCACAAAUCAGUUAACUUAAGGGCACAUUCAUUUGACUUUUGACGGAAAGGCUAAGUUAUUUUAGAGUGAAACAUCUUACAUCGAGUUGAUAGCCUUACACGUUCACCGAAAAAAUAGCAAACAUCUUCGAUCACAUUCAAGAGCCAUAAUGGCUCUUGAUCACAGUGGAUUAGGCCUCGAAAACAAAUUCUUGGAAAACAAAUUAGGCCAAAUUUUUUUGCGUUCGACAGGUUUACUUUAGAAAUUCUUGCCAACAAAUCUGGGGGUGUGUAAACCAACCUUUUACACUUUGUAUACAUCACAUCUGAGGUGAAACAGUACUAUUUAUCAUACAGACCUCGGACAGAAUGCGCUAUUUCACAAGUUUUCAAGACAAAGUGCACGUACUUAGUCAAUAUUCAGGACGAUCAAUCGAAACGAAACCGUUCAAAAGAUUGCUUUUAGCGAAAUCGUUCAAAAAAUUUCCAAAAUCACCCAUGCGGCCAGCCGGUUCUCAUUUCUAGUGCGAGCUGUCAGUGUGGUCGAAUGUUUGAAUGAACUUUAAUAGGGUUACGCUUCAACGUAAUAACGAAUUUAUUAUUAUUAUUUUUUUUUUAUUUUUAUUUUUUUGUUAUUUAAUGGUUUCAGUUAUAACGAUGUGUAAUCUUAUAAAGCGUUUAAUACGCGCGACAUUUUUGAGUACUCCUGCUUGCGAUGUUCACGAACGAUGAAAACAAACGGCACGUAUAAGCGAUCAAAAUUGCAAGGGAGACUACUAACAAUCAAUGAAAGAAAUAUAAUUCGGUGAAACAUUUACCGAGACAACAAUUUUCAUUUACGAAGACAAGCAUUAAAGUGGCUCUAAAAAUCCUGAGUCUUUAAGCUUAAAGCUUAAGCUUAAAAUAAUUAUGUUUUACCUUAAGCCGGCCUCCCGGUGUUUACCUUUUUUAAAGAUGAACUCCUCGAAGCAAGAAAAUCUCUCAAAGUUUUCUUUCUACAGCCAAAUUUAUAACUAAAUAUUCUUCGGAACGUUUUCUUUCUAUUUGCGGUGAGAAAAUAUAUCUGAAGGCCUUUUAAAGUUCUGUAAGCUUAUAUCAAACCUGAUACUAGGUCAGAUCAUUGACUCAAAUCUUACAAACGUGCAUAAACUUGCCGCAUAAACUGUGCUCGACUUCGUGAAAUUAAAUAUAACAAAAACAAACAUCAACAAUAAUUACUCAGGCUUACCAUUCGAGAUUCAGUUCCUGAAAGCUAUCAAGGAAGGCCACAGUUGCUUGAGACUUUUAAACCCUCUUACGCAUUAAGCAAGAAGAAAAACGAAAACGAUGCCAUCCGAGAUCGGAUUACCGAAUUUUGACAAGCGACGCAUUUCUCAAACAAAAACCCAAUAAACAAACGAGCCAUGAAUAGCAGAAGACUCUUGAUAGCAGCCGUAUGUCAUUUUGUACAUCCAGUGGAAAAAGACAGUUCAAAACAUCACAAGUUGACACAAACCCUGUCAGCUUCAGUUGUCAAAGUAAACAAGUUUCAAGAUGCUGUAUAAAUUUUCCGCAUGAACCCAUCUGUCAAAUUUUGACCAAUCAGAACAUAAAAAUUGGACGUAGAGCGUGACCAACGCUUGACGAUGGUAAGAAUAGGUCUUCCCCACCUGUAUUUUUAAAAAACUGGCUGAAUUUUCGCGUCCGAGUUCAGUUUGAAAUCAAAAUCUUAAUAGUGCGGGGUUAUAGUGACAUAAACACAACAUAUUUCAUAUGAAUCAUUGGAAAAAAUAAACUUGAGCUUGCGAUCAUUUGAAACUGGUAAUUUGUCAGCGGAUAACUUCAAAAAAUACUCCACCUCGAUGGGUCGAUACUUGAGCCCGCAGUACGGUCAGGUGAUACUGGUCAGCGGAUACCCUGUUUUGACAGCUGUCAAUUGAUCACAACAUUGAUGUGCAAUUAGUUUUCUCUUGGGCUCCCAAACUGGCUAGAGAGAGUGAGAGUAAACAUUGGUUUCCCUGUGGUGCGGACUGACGGUCGUUCGUUCGUUCGGUGUACGGUCACGUGAUUACCAUAUUUUCUGGGAUGGGUUGAUUUCCUUAACUAUGGAGCUCCGCUAAUAUAUAACGUCUUGGCGUCCGAAGCUAAUCUACGUAGGCCAUAGUUAGGAAAAUAAAGGGAAACGAAUGCUGCCGACAAAAUUAAGUGAAUAAAUAUCUAUGAGAGAAUAAGAGUUAAAACAAAGUAAAACAAACUGCGAACUGUAAAGAAGAAUUGCUUUAUCUUGCUGUUUCAUUACAGACAAUAACAUAGCAGAAAAAGUGGAUAAAUGUCUUGAUAAAAAUAGAUGAAGAUAAACUCAGCUAUGAGGAGUAUAAUUUUUACUCUCGUCGUGAGUACCAAUCUUCAUAGGAGUUCGGCGUUAGCUUGUAAGAUACGGAAUGAAGGAACUUAUCUUUUCGAAGUGUCCUGAGAUUUGUUGGUACUUCAUUCCAUAGAAUUGCACCAAUUCUUUAAGACCAUUUCUUUUAAAGUUUAUGUCUUGGAUUUUGGAGGCCGAGGAUCGAGUAUUUUAGCAUUUUUUAGACUGGAAAAGGACAUUACUUUUAUCCCACAUUGUCUGAGCUAGCAGUUUAUUGUCCAAAGAGUCAAAAGGUAUAAUCUGAAAAUGCUAAAAAAAUAAUGGGAUUUCGUAAUCACGUCUUUUACCAUAAUUCAUAAAACGAGAAUCAAAAGCUAAAUAAAAGUGUUUUUUUCGCUUGUCUUCAUGCAAUUAGCUCAUAGCGCAAAUAGGAAGUGGUAAGUGAGUUUCCAGUGUUUAUUAGUGUCUAGUGCGGAGCAAAAUGGCUUAAGUUUGAUAAAGACGCUAACGUUUAACUGAAUUUUAACGGUAGGUGCACGAUUUGAUUUUUACAUGAAGCUAAUGUUUCAUAAAGCCACCCAGAUAUGCAACUUAUUCUUUACCUUUUUUUUACUUUACUUCAAUAUAUAUAUUUUUUUCUAAUGAGAAUAGAGUAUUUUAGUAUCGCCAGCAAACAGAUAACAAUUUAACUUAUCAAGAGCCAUAAUCUAUGGCUCUUGAACUUAUUUGAACUAGAACACAUGUCAGCCUCUAUGUGCAUAUUAAAUUGGAUUGCCUUAAUUAUUUCAAGCAUCGUGUGUUCCUUUAAAUGAGCUUGCCAAAAGCCAUAUUGAUACAACCUAAGGUGUUUCGAUACAGUUUUUCGCAGACCGUACCGAUGUUUUUUAAUCGCCUUAAAAGAGAUUUUAUCCCUGUUCGAUCGCCACAAAAUUUUCACCUGUUUCUAGUAAAAUCGAUAUCACUAUGAAAAAAAUAAAAAUAAAAAAUUGAAAUCGAUGAAAUCCGAAGUUCGCGCCAUCUAGACCUGCUACUGAAAAUCCGACACCGGGAACUUGCGUGUGUGGUGUUUAGCAAUUAACCUCCGUGAAAAGUAAAAACUUCUGUAUGUUUGAAUUCAAAUAAAAAGUAAAUAUAUUUCAAACCUUAUAUUUUCAAUAGCCGUGAUAAAUAGGCCAUUUCCACGAUGGCGUCAUUUUACUACUACGACCAUAAUCCUUUCCGUUUUUCCUUUCAUAUUUAAAUUUUGCAAUCCCAGUGAGGUUUGAAUAACAAAAGCCCUAAUUUGCACAAGAAAGCAAAACCCUGAAGGAUUCUGGUCGUAGUAGUAAAAUGAUGUCAUCGUGCAAAUGGCCUAUUGUUUAACAAAAAGGUCUAAGUAACUCAAAUUAAUCUUAAGUAGCGUCAGAUGGCUGCUUAAUAUCAUAUUUCGAUAUUUGGAAAUUUUGGUGUAUUUCCUUUUUGCGAUCCUGAAAACUAAUCGUUUUCUCACCACCUGUAUAAAGGCGAUUCAUUCUAAAUUUUGACUUCAAUUCAUAGUCAAUCACUAGUGAAAAUUUUGUGGCGAUCAGGCAAGCAUAAAAUCUCUUUUAAGGCGAUUGAUAAACAUCGAGUGUGGUCUCCGAGAAACUGUAUCGAAACACCUUAAUAUACGCGGCCAAGGUCAAUAGACUUAUGGAAGGUAUUUGCGGCGACAUCGCUUAUAAAAUUGCUUGGUUGGAGUAUUAAAAAGCCGUGUAAUUUAUUAUUGAAGUACUUGAAGGUAAAAAAAAAUGAUGCCGCGGAUGAUUGGUUUUUGUCACGAUAUUCAAGGAAGUGAAUUUCCGGGUUUUGGCAGCUGUAGUUCCAAUACUAGAAAAGUUCCGAUUCAUAGAUAUUUGCAGUGUGUGAAACUCUAGUUUUGCUGUUUGGCUGUUUUAAAGUAUAAGUAGCCACUAGCGUUUCGGGAAUAUUAUUAUCCGAUUAUUACCGUCAACUUGAGUCCCUGAUAUUCCAAAUUGCUGUCGUAUUCAGUGAUCAAAGCCGAAGAUGAAGGUACUUCGCCUUUGUUUCUUCUGUCGUGACCGGCCUGCAAAUUUGACGCACGUAGUUAGUCUGUAGAUAGAUCCUUAAAUUGGACUCCGCCAAAAAAAAAUCUUAUCCGCUAAUAGCCCCCUUCUUGUUAAAAUAAUUAAUAGCAUGCAAUUAAUUCAUUUUUUCACUCACAGUCUUGUCGUUAAUGAAAGCGACUAAGUAGACAUAAGUAUCCUCUCCUUACGAAAUAGGGAGGUCGGAACAGUGAACACUAAUAUAAAAAAUAUAAAACCAAUAUUUCAAUGAGAGAUUAAAACUUUGAGAAAAUUCACGGCUUUUUCUAAAUUGACAGAAGAGCUCAGCAAUCUCAGCAACAUAGCAGCUACUGUCCUUGCCAUUUUUGGCCCCAGGGCUCUUCUCCUUUGUGCAUGAUUAUGGACGAGAAGGGCGCGAGCUGUGGGGUCGAGAAUGUUGCACUCGCGCGUUAUCUUAAAUUCAGCCAGAGCCUUCUAUCCAAGGGAUCUCAGCUGCUGAGCGGAGAAUCUGCUAAACUUCUUCAAUGCGUAAAGUGCCCACAGAAGGUAGUGGUAUUUUCCCCUGUCUUUCUCGAUGAAGAGAAGGUUGCAGUUGUUGGAUGUACAUUGCCUUCGUUGUGACUAUCAUAAACCAGAUUGGCGCAGUUCUUUAGAUCCCUCCAUGGUGGCCAGUAAACUGAUUUCAUAAAUACCGCGUGUUCGUUUGUGCAACACGACAGAUUUUUAUAAACUAACCCAUGUAUAAAUAGGAAUGAAGAUUAGCAAACAAUAGACCUGUUCGGCUAUUUAAAUGUACCCAAUUCAAACCCUUUGAGGAUAAAACGUUUUGUUUCAGGAAUUUCCAUAUCAUUUAAAUGUGAAUGCAACAUUAUAAUGGAAAUACAAUACACAAAGAAUCUUAACCCCGGGAGAUUUAAAUUGGGUACAACAUUCAGUUAGCCGAAUAGAUCUAUACUGCACCCCUGGCCUCAGUUGUGCAAAUGAUUGAUAAUGAUUUUUACUGGGUAUAUUUUAUUCAGUAGAUAACGCAACUUCUCUCUUCAACUCUCAUCCACUAAAUAGUGAUUUCACGUUUCUAGAUGCGACUACGAGAACGUUGACUCUGAAGCCGCCAACAAAGUGAUAGAAGUCCUGCGGAAAGCAGUUGAGGAUAGCUCUCUAGUCAAUAAGACAUUGACAGGCGGAAGUGGCAAAGAACAGAAGUCAUAUCAAGUCAAGUCAACAGAUGAUUUCUCUUACACAGAUCCCAUUGAUGGAAGUCUGACAAGCAAACAGGUAGUGUUGCAGAGGUUAUUUCUUAGCCAAUCAGAAGCGGAGAAUUCAAAUGCUUCUUUAACCUGUUCGGAAAAAGAAAGGCUGUGUCAUCAAUGUACCGGAUGGUUUAUCAUGUGGACAUGAAAAAUACCAAAUGUAAAAAAAUCAUCACAGUUACAUACGCAGCUUAUUCACUUGCGAAAAGAAGGCCUGAAAAUAUUCAGGCUUACCGGAAUACGAAGCCUGACCUCAACGAUACCGGUGCAACGCUCUUACCAAUUAAGCUAACAAACCAAAUGGGAGCCGGUUGUUAAAUUGGUUCGUAAAGACACGACAUGCCCGGGUUCGACUCUGGGUGGUGACUAUCUUUCUUUUCUAAAAGAAAAGAAUUAAGAGCUGAUCGAUGCUUAUAUUGGCCUGGAAAAUACUCCUGCCGAGUAUGAGCAGGUGUUCAUACUCUUACAUACGGAAACCUAUCCGGUAUGUGACGAUCCACUUUCAAGAUCGGCGAAGCGCAGCCUCCCUACGUCUCAGAAACCGCGCCAAAAUCACCGAUCUUAUUAUGUAUUAAGCGAAGUCCCAUCCCAUUAUCCCAUACGGUUUUAGUGCCGGCGGAGUGUAUUUCCCUUCCUUUAACGGUCGUUGCCAUUUUUAACCGUCGAUGCCACCACUGGUAACCAAGCCUUUGGUCAUGAUGGAUGUAACAUAUUCCCUGGAUGAAGUUACAAUAAGGCAAAUAAUAGGUUUUUUAAUAAUCUUAGAAAGAACAACCUCUGAAGCCCAAGUUGAAUGUACGUCAAAAAGUGUGGAAAGGGCCAGGGUCACCUGUUAUUUAUGAGAUUAGGAUACGAAAGGUCUGGGUUCGGGGCCCUGGUUCGAGCCUGGGUUGCGAUUUUCUUUCUUUUUAAUAGAAACGCUUUCAGUAAUAGGUCAAGUGUCUUAAAAAUGACAGCGACCGUUUACGAAAGGGACACUCUGCGCCGGCGCAAGAGCUAGUUGGUAUAGUGUUGAUAUAGCUAAGUUGUUAGGUGUUCUCGCGAAUGUCCGUUGUUCGUUGAUUAGAGAAGUUUCGAGGAAGGUUUCGACAAUAUUUUUUGUAAAUUUAUUUUUGUUGCUUUAGGGAAUCCGCGUAAUCUUCACUGACGGAUCGCGCCUGAUUUUUCGGCUGAGUGGCACGGGGAGCACCAAUGCAACAAUCCGAGUUUACGUUGAAAGCUAUGAACCAGAUGAAUCAAAACAUAUGCAGGAGGCUAAGGUAUGUAGUGGUUUGAAUGUUGUUGUUGUCACUAUCAAGAUUUAACCUGAUGAGAUGAAAAGUUCGAAAAUUCAUUUAUUGUUAGUAUUACAGUCGAACAUCCAUGUGAGACCCCCUCUCGUAAGUGACCAACUCUCAUAAGCGACUGCCUACCCAAAACACCAAAACUUCCUCAGUCAAAGACUUACAGUUGGAAUCUCUAGUAAACGACCAUACCACCUGUAGGCUACCGCGACCACUUUUUUGGCCUAAAAGUUUGAUGAUUUUUCAUUGCUUUUAACCUCUUGUAGGCGACCACUUGACACCUUCUGUGAUCCUUAUGUUCGCUGCGUGCACUAUACCACUUAGAAUAUACGAAGAACUUUAGUGACAACAUGGAAAUACUCAAUGUGUAACUUAGAAAUUGCAUGCAAUAAAUUAUCUGCCAUAAAGUAGAUGUGCCCGGACCUCUUCUCGGAAGAGGCCCCCCGAUUCUCGUAAAUGACCACCUCCCGUAAGCGACCACUAAGUCUUUGCAUUUUGGGUGGUCGCUUGAAGGAGUUUCGACUGUAGUAUUAUCAUAAGUACUGGCACUAUUAUUCCAAUUCAAGCACUACUCUUUGAAUGGAUCCAUCUUUUACUCCUAACGACUUCAUCUAAUGCUCCGUGUACUUACAGCGUUACCAACAAUAUCACAGGAAAGUAUUCUCACUAGUUCUAUGUCAUAUUUUAGAUUUCAUUCACAGAAUCAAAAGUUAGAACCAGAUUUCAUUUACAGACUCAAAAGUUAGAACUACCCUUUUGCAGCAAAGCAAACGGUAUCAUAGAAGGACUCUGCUUAGGGGAGAUUACAUAAGACCGAGACGAACUCGAACUUUUCAUGCAUUUACAUGUGACCGGCCUAAAAAUGAACUCAGACCGGCCUGGCUUCGUGUCGGUCGCUGACCCGACACGAGUUACUUUCGUACAGGUCCGAGACUGUACCGUUCUCAUGUAAAACGAAGCGAAUCUCAGACCGGGUCCAUAAAUAGCAUGUUUCUUCGUAUGGCUCCAUCAUUUUUGCUUUUUCUCAGCAAAACGCUGCUAUGAAUAACUGUAAACAAGACUUGGAAUAUGCUUCGGUUAAUGUGAGGGAUUGCACCAUUUUGGGAUGCAGUGCUUUUAACAUGCCACAAUAUGAGCAUUAGAUAAAGUUUACAAUUUUCUGGGACCAGUAAAAUCUCAGUUCUCUACUCACUGUCUUAAUUGGCGUAACUUGUGUACCAGUUAGGACAGGUAGCGAAUAAUAUGUUAAAUAAUCGACUUAAGGAAGUUAUAUAGCUCCAAGAAUCUCCUGUUUUUGAGUUUGUAUCGGUCUCUCAUGUAAUCAACGUAUCGUUUUGUCCCGGUCUCAUGUAAACGACUACAUGCAAAAAUUACAAAUUUGUAUCGGCCUGAGUUCGCCUCGGUCUCAUGUAAUUACCCCCUUGUCUACAAGCCAUGUUGUCCCGGUUUUAAACAAAAGGCUGCAAGGGAGUCUAACUGAAACCUGUUUAAAGCAAGCAAUGGACCUUAAAAGUGGAUUAUUUUAUUUAGAAAAUUGUCUUUGUAAUUUGUACUAUGCAUAUUGCUCUCCCCUGUUUAUUAAGAUUGGGCAAAUUGGAAAUGGUUUAGAACGCGGUUUCUGUUAAACAGUGGCUAAACUCUGUCCGUCCAAUUUUGUAAUGCGGGCUGCCCAGAAUACACACCGUGCAAUAAUCUCAGUACCCUCUCCCCUCCCACACUACCCCCAGACUAACAAGUGAAGCGCUUAUUGAUUUUAUCGUUAACUGCCGUUAGCUUUUUCGUAUGUUCUUAUGCUGUUCUUCAGUAUCAGUUCUGGCAAAAAAAGACUGGCAACGACAAAACAAAGGAAAGGAAAACAGUUUGUGUGGUAUUCGCACAUAAGCGUAGCAUGGCCGCUAAGUCGGGUAACCGCGAUGUGUGUCUUUGCAACGUUUCUUAUAGUCCUUGUGAAGUAUCUUUUAUUUGUUUUAUUUAUUUUUUGUUGCUUUCUUUAUUUUCUGCAGAAUGUAUUAAAACCUCUGCUCGACAUAGCACUAGACAUCUCACAGCUGCAAAAGUUAACAGGACGCGACGCGCCGACAGUCAUCACAUAA